AUGGCUGCCGCGGGGGUGGCAGGGUGGAGGGUGCUUAGGACAUAUUGCCACAAAGACGAGAGAAACAAUUUUGUAAACACAAUUGUAAAGCUCGUCAUUAUCAUGGGGUACAUACAAUGCAUGGGGAUGAUAAUCCUCGUGCCAGCAGUGGCCCAAGUAGACUCCCUUCCAAAAGUGAAGGAGUAUAUCAACACCACCCAGCUGUACAAAACAAUGUACGCCAUUAUCGUAAUUCACGUACUAAUCAUAGCGCCAUGUUUAACAGUGAUCUACUCGGAAGGAGGACAAGGGUCCAACGGAGAGCAGUGUGCGAAUCGAUUUACCAAACGAAGAAACAGUCAUUGGAGGAGUUACUUCAGCAACAUGUGUACACAACAUGCGACAAGUGCCAUAUGUAAAAAGGUACAUCUCAUAUGGGUACUCUCCAUUUCCUUGUCAUGCUGCCUCUUCUUUUUAACCUACCUGUACUUUCACAAAAUCAGCUUGUCCUUAAAUGCGGAUGCUUGUACAAUGUGGUACCCCUACUUAGAGCAAACCAAUAAAAAAAAUUUGCUCUCAUUGAAUUUGAGGAGUAGGAAGACCUGCCAACACGUGGGAAAUGAAAAUAUACGAAUUGACUUUAAUGUAUAUGUGAGUGAUUACUUUAUUAUGUUUGUCUCGUUGAUGGGAUCUCUUAGCUUUGCCUUCUACGGGGGCAUCGGAUUGGUAUCCCUUCCACUUGGUUUAUUCUUUUCCGGCGUAAAGCGUUAUCAGGGGGGAGAAACCAAUCGCGUUGUCCAAGCUAACAACGUGGUCCUGGCGAACAGCUCGGACGAAAGGAGGGAAGCCCUAUUCAAGCAUGAGCUUACUCUCAUCAACAGAAAGGCAGAAGAGCUUUUACAGAUCACCCAUGAGGUGGAACUCAAGAGGGAGAAAACACGGAAGACGAAUUAUUUCAUGUCCCUUUUGCAAAAUAUGCGGCACAAACGAAAGAAAAGAAUUCUGAACUACAUGGUGCACAGGCUAGUAGUCCAAUAUGAAAGAUCGGUGCACCGUUACAACAACCCAACAAGUGCUGCUUCUUCUUUUGGUCUCUUCCUCUUGGGUUUUUUUUUUUUAUUCGCUAAUGCGAUUAUAAUUGUCCACAUCUGCUUGUGUAUCUGGAGGGGGCCUACCGGAGGGGGCAACUUACUGCGCGGCUGGCUUCUCCACUGGGACGCUGCGCAGGAGCUCCUUGCGCGGAAGGACUCACUUUCCCUUUCGCUUUUGGUUUACCCCCUGGUGACGUCCUACCUUCUCCUUUGCGCGUUUUGCGGCUUUUCUUACAUCUGCCACAAGCUAGGGCUUUUUUUUUUCCUGGAGAGGAAGAACACCUACCUGAAUACCAUCCUGCUGAACACGUGUCUCCUCAUAUUUGUAUCGUCCGGGGCGGCCCCCGUCUUACUGAGACUCUUUCCUGAGUAUGCAAAGGAGCCAUACGCAUUCACCUUUUUCGAUUUGGCCCUGAAGAACUUGAGCAUCAUCGGAGACCUGUACGCAAAGAACGGCCUCCUUUACCUACUUCUAGCUGCCAAUGCGCUAACCAUCCUGCUCUUUUUCGUGCCCGAGAAGAGCGGCCUGUUUUCCAUCUUCAUGCCACCCACCUUUCGGAAGAUCCUAAACCAACGGAGUGAAGUAGACCCGGGAGUAGUCUCAGACAUGGAGUUGGAAGGACAGUUAGAUGUUGAUAUAGAAAGCAACACCACGUCUAGAAGUGAUGGGCAAGGUCACCACAAGAAAUGA